AUGACACUCCUGUCCUCCCAGACACCAUCCCUGGAGACAUCCUCGGCUGCCACUGAGAGCCCAGAGCAAAGGAUGCUGGAGAAGAGGUCCAAGGUUAUUGAAGAACUGCUCCAGACAGAGCGGGACUAUAUCAGAGAUCUGGAGAUGUGCGUGGAGAGGAUCAUGGUGCCCCUGCAGCAGGCACAGGUAGGUAACAUAGACUUUGAGGGUCUUUUUGGAAACAUCCACAUGGUAAUUAGCUUCUCCAAGCAGCUGCUGUCCACCUUGGAAGCUUCUGAUGCCAUCGGGCCAGUGUUCCUGGCACAGCGUGCAGAGCUGGAGAGCGUCUACAGGGUGUAUUGCCAGAACCAUGACGAGGCCAUCGCACUGCUGGAAACCUAUGAGAAGGAUGAGAAGAUGCAGAAACUACUGCUGGACCUGCUGGAUAGCCUCAGGAGCCUAUACAGUGAGUGGGGCUGCACAAACUACAUUAACCUGGGCUCCUUCCUCAUCAAGCCAGUGCAAAGGGUGAUGCGGUACCCACUGCUGCUGAUGGAGCUGCUGAGCGCCACCCCUGAGGCUCACCCCGACAAGGCACCACUCACAGCUGCUGUCCUCGCAGUCAAAGAAAUCAACGUCAACAUCAAUGAAUACAAGCGCCGGAAGGACCUGGUGCUAAAGUACCGGAAAGGGGAUGAGGACAGCCUCAUGGAGAAGAUCUCCAAGCUCAACUUCCACUCUAUCAUCAAGAAAUCCAACCGUGUGAGCAGUCACCUCAAGCAUCUCACAGGCUUUGCGCCCCAGCUGAAGGAUGAAGCCUUUGAGGAGACAGAGAAAAAUUUCCGCAUGCAAGAGCGGCUGAUUAAGUCCUUCAUCCGGGACCUUUCCCUCUACCUGCAGCACGUCCGGGAGUCGGCCUGCAUGAAGGCAGUGGCAGCAGUGAGCAUGUGGGACCUGUGCACGGAGAAGGGCAGUGGGGACUUGGACCAGUUCCAGAAAGUGAAUCGGCUCAUCAGCGACCAGCUCUUCUCCAACUUUAAAGAGCGGACGGAGCGGCUGGUGAGCUCGCCCCUGAACCAGCUGCUGAGCAUGUUUGCGGGGCCCCACAAGCUGGUGCAGAAGCGCUUCGACAAGCUCCUCGACUUCCACAACUGCACGGAGCGAGCAGAGAAACUGAAGGACAAGCGAACGCUCGAGGAGCUGCAGUCAGCCCGUAACAACUACGAGGCCCUGAAUGCCCAGCUGCUGGACGAGCUGCCCAAGUUCCUGCGCUUUGCCAAGGAGCUCUUUGCCAGCUGCGUGCGGGGCUAUGCUGAGGCGCACUGUGACUUCGUGCGCCUGGCCCUGGAGGAGCUGAGACCCCUGUUGUCGUUGCUGAAGGUGUCUGGCAGGGAGGGGAACCUCAUUGCCAUCUUCCAGGAUGAGCACAGUCGAGUCCUCCAGCAGCUCCAGGCCUUCACCUUCUUCCCAGAGUCCCAGGCAGCUCCCAAGAAGCCUUUUGAAAGGAAGAGCAUGGAGCGGCAGUCUGCCCGGCGGCAGCCCCUUGUUGGCUUGCCCAGCUACCUCCUGCAGUCAGAUGACAUCCGAGCUGCCCUCCUGGCCCGCUAUCCCCCGGACAGUCUCUUCCAGGCAGACCGCAAUUUCAAUGCUGCCCAAGACCUGGAUGUCGCGCUGCUGGAAGGAGACAUUGUGGGUGUCAUCAAGAAGAAGGACCCCAUGGGCAGCCAGAAUCGCUGGCUCAUAGACAAUGGGGUGACCAAGGGCUUUGUGUACAGCUCCUUUCUGAAGCCCUACAACCCGCGCCGCAGCCAGUCAGACGUCUCUGUGGGCAGCCACUCUUCCAAUGAGUCAGAGCACAGCAGCUCCUCUCCCCACAGCAACACCACACUGACCUUCAGCUCCAGCGGGGCAGCCGUCACCUUCAGUCAGAAAUCCCUGCAGGACUCGGCCUCCCCAGCAGACCUGUACCAGUCCCCACAGCCCCCCUCAGAGACAGACUCCCCCUCUCUGCCCCAGCUUGGCUCUGGUGACAGGACAGCCCCACUGGAGAUGAGUACAGUGACAUCUCAGCGCCGCUACAGCCGCCCUGAGCUGGGCUGCAGCCCCAGCUCUCGCAACGGGCACCCCACCAAAGCACAUCUCAGGCCCACACCAUCGGUGGAGGACAGAGCCUCUGGGCUGGAGAGCAGCGAGUCAGAGGGCAACCAGGUCUAUUACGCUCUCUACACUUUCAAGGGCCGAAACACUAACGAGCUGAGUGUAUCAGCUAACCAGAGACUCAGGAUCCUGCAGUUUGAGGACAUCACAGGCAAUCGGGAAUGGUGGCUGGCGGAGGCGCACGGGAAGCAGGGCUACGUGCCCUCCAGUUACAUCCGGAAGACAGAGUACACGUGA